GCGGGCGCGCUCCCCUCAGAGCGGCGAUGGAGUCGGUGCGGGCGCAGCGGCCGCAGCCCGGGCUGGGGACGCUCCGCUCCCUCCGCCCCGGGGUCACCGGCGCCGCCGCCUCGGCCCCUCCGCCGCCUCCCCCCGCCGCGGGGGCGGCCCCUCCGCCCGCGCUGGGCCCGGGGCUGGCGCUGCCGCCUCCGCCGCCGCCGCUGGGGCUGCAGGGCCCGGCCGCGCCGCCGCCCCCCGGGCCCGGGCCGCCCGCCGUGCUCAGGGAGGCGGUGGAGGCCGUGGUGAGGAGCUUCGCCAAGCACACGCAGGGCUACGGCCGCGUGAACGUGGUGGAGGCCCUGCAGGAGUUCUGGCAGAUGAAGCAGUCGCGCGGCGCCGACCUGAAGAACGGCGCCCUGGUCGUGUACGAGAUGGUGCCGUCCUCCAGCCCCCCCUACGUCUGCUACGUCACCCUGCCCGGCGGCAGCUGCUUCGGCAGCUUCCAGUUCUGCCCGACCAAGGCCGAGGCCCGACGGAGCGCCGCCAAGAUCGCGCUGAUGAACUCGGUGUUUAACGAGCACCCCUCGCGGCGCAUCACGGACGAGUUCAUCGAGAAGAGCGUCUCGGAGGCGCUGGCGUCUUUCAACGGCAACCGGGAGGAGGCCGACAACCCCAACACCGGCAUCGGCGCGUUCCGCUUCAUGCUGGAGUCCAACAAGGGCAAAUCCAUGCUGGAGUUCCAGGAGCUGAUGACCGUGUUCCAGCUGCUGCACUGGAACGGCAGCCUCAAGGCCAUGCGGGAGCGGCAGUGCUCGCGCCAGGAGGUGCUGGCCCACUACUCGCACCGCGCCCUGGACGACGACAUCCGCAACCAGAUGGCGCUGGACUGGGUGAACCGGGAGCAGGGCAGCCCGGGCGCCCUGUCGCGGGAGCUGGCGGCCACGGAGCGCGAGCUGGACGACGCGCGGCUGGCGGGGAAGGAGCUGCGCUUCCACAAGGAGAAGAAGGACAUCCUGACGCUGGCCGCGGGGCAGCUGGGCAGCACACAGCCCUCCUGCUAGGACCUGCGGGUGAACCCGACCCUGCCGCCGUGUUCCUGCCAGGACCUGCGAGAGAACCCGACCCUGCCGCCGUGUUCCUGCCAGGACCUGCGAGAGAACCCGACCCUGCCGCCGUGUUCCUGCCAGGACCUGCGAGAGAACCCGACCCUGCCGCCGUGUUCCUGCCAGGACCUGCGGGUGAACCCGACCCUGCCGCCGUGUUCCUGCCAGGACCUGUGAGAGAACCCGACCCUGCCGCCGUGUUCCUGCCAGGACCUGCGAGAGAACCCGACCCUGCCGCCGUGUUCCUGCCAGGACCUGCGGGUGAUCGCGCUCCCGAGUCCCUCUCUCCGCGGCUCCAGCCGGGGCUCAUCCUCUUACUGUCGCCUCUUCCGGAAUCGUGGCCCGUUUGCACAUUUUUAACCUUUUUUUAAAGAAACAACGCCCUGUACAGAUUUUUAAACUUCAGUCCUUGAUUUUUACACUUUAAUCCUUGAUUUUUACACUUUAAUCCUUGAUUUUUACACUUUAAUCCUUGAUUUUUACACUUUAAUCCUUGAUUUUUACACUUUAAUCCUUGAUUUUUACACUUUAAUCCUCGAUUUUUACACUUUAAUCCUCGAUUUUUACACUUUAAUCCUCGACUUUUACACUUCAGAGCUGGCGUCUGGCCCCUCUCCUCCGCUGGGCGGCUCCUCGUGUCGCGUUUCUGUGAGGAAACGCCGUUAAACCAGCGUAAGUUCGGGAUCGCCACCGCCGGCCCGCGCCCCGGUGCCGGCUGCUCGGCGCCGUUCCCCAAAAUGUGGCACUUUGCCCCAAACUGCGGUUCCUUGGUCACCCAGACCCGCUUCGGGCCGUUUCUCUCCUGUUUCUGUGCUCUAGGCGGGGUCUAGCAAAGCUCCGGCUUGGGAAGGACGCUGAUCGCGCAGCCAGACGCUCCCAAGCGCCUGGGAGGGACUGGAAACCUAAAACCACCCAAAAACGGAUUUAAAAACCGGGAUUUUCUUUUGGCCAGACUUAAAUCCGGGGGAGCAGCCCCCAGGGUUCCGGGUCCAGGCUUAGGCGGGACUUGUGUCUGCUCAGCUUUUCGCUUGUAGGACCUACUUAACUCUCGGUGUAAAUAACGCACCGGACAACAAGUUCCAAGGUAACGAAGGGAUCAGAUGGGCGGUUUUAAUUAGUCUUUGAUCUGGGGGCUUUCCUGGGUUUAGGCCGGUCUGGCUGAGCUCAGAUCCCAGCCCAGUGGGUUGGGUUUUGCUCCAAGCCCACGUUGCAGCGUUUGGCUGCCCCAGACCCGCUGGGAACGUCCUGAUUCGGAGAAACGGGCAGAGACGCGGACGCGCUGGUCCGGCCCAAAGCCAGGCUUUGCCCGGCCAAGGUUAAGCUUUGCCCGGCCAAGGUUAAGCUUUGCCCGGCCAAGGUUAAGGUUUACACAGCCAAGGUUAAGCUUUGCCUGGCCAAGGUUAAGCUUUGCCUGGCCAAGGUUAAGCUUUGCCCGGCCAAGGUUAAGCUUUACACAGCCAAGGUUAAGCUUGGCCUGAGUUCCUGAACCCGUUGGAGGGGAAGCUGUUGAGCUCCUCUCUUGCAGACACAAGUCUUGCUUAAUAAACUGAGCUGAAUCCUGUAAACCAGAGUGCGGAUGCAGGUAAAGCUCAGACUAAGCUUUGGCCCCAGCUCUUCUCUGCCAGAUCCCGGGGUCCGGCCCUUUGCUGCGCCAAAUUUACCCCAUUUUCCCCCAAAAGUCCCCCUAUAUGCGCUAUUUUUAGAAAGAAAUCAUGCCCCGUUCCUCGUCUAACAUAUCCAGACUAAGUCUAGACGAUUUUAGGUUUAAAAAGUGCCCUUUUGGACUUUAGACUCGCGCCCGCUCCUCCCGCCGCUUCGCGCUCUGGAGGCGGAGACGCGCGACCCCGCGUGCUGUCGGCGCCCUGGCUUUGUAUCCUCAUCGCACGAGCCUGGUUUGGGUUGGUUUUCUAUACGUUGUGGUACGCAGCCUCGUUACGCGGCAGCGUGGGUGUUUAACGCGUAUAAACGAGCUUGUGAACGCC